UUAUGAUUUUCAGGCAUCUACAGAAUGGAGUGAAUAAUAUAAUAAGCCCUAAUGUUUCCUUCAUGAAAAAUUAUGAACCCUUCUGUUGAGCUACUCUUGUUUGGUUUUUCCUCUGCCUUAUACCCAAAAUCAUUUAGAAUUUUAUGUUUCUCUUUACUGGAGCUUGUGAUGCUCCUGCCUCAGCCUAUCAUAUAGCUGGGAUUAUAGGUGUGUACCACCACACCCAGAUUUUCUGGAGUAUUCUUAAGCAGAUCCUAGGUAAUUUGUCAUUUUGCCAUAAUAGUUCAUUAUUAUCUCUAACCAAAACUGUUCAUUCCCAUAUCUGAUAUUAUUAGCAAUAAUUUCUUUAUACUCACAAACAUUAUUUCUUGUAGCUGGAAAAUUAGAUACAACUGUAAAUAGCUAUGAAUUCAGAGAAACAAAGUUCUAGAAAUUGUUUUCUUUUGGGGAAUUUACAGACUAACUUCUUUGGUUGACAAUUAUUCCAUGAAAAGUUAUUCAGAAAAUAUUAAAACACUCCAGAAAAACCAGAAGUCUGAAAAAUUUUUCCUUUGGCUGAGAUAAUAAUUUUAGUUGUUUCAUAAUUUAGUUUAUGAAAAUAAGAAAAACUAAUGUAGCUCUGUGUGUGUUUUUUUUCUCUCUGCUGUUCUGAACCUUUGGCUUCCAAGGACUAUUUGUAUUUCAGCACAUGGAGUAUGAUAGUUGUCAGGCAGGGUUCUCUUGUCAUUAGGAUUUGGAUUUGAGUGGCAGGAACAUGUGACUGCUGUGCAAGGAGUUAUUUUUGGUUUCUGGGUGUUGGCUUCUCAGAAACCAAGUUUGUGUGAGAUGCAUUUGUAGAGGCUCAGAAAGGGACAAGCGUUGUAAUGUGAGUUUUUGAACUUUUGAACAUGGGUUGUUGCUUCAGCAAAGAAUUAAGUAGUGACGAUGACAAUGAGAAAAUUGGCCUGCUACAGAAAUCUGUCGUGGAGAAGGAACCGGAGAACAAGAUAAGUAAAACUUUAUCUUCAUUAUUUGAUACCCUUGAGGGUGAGGAGCUUCACAAUGUUGAAAAUGGAGCCAGCAGAGCAGCUGCCGGCAUUAAUGUGUGGACUAGAACUUUUACAAGAUCUGGGUACAAAGGAAAUCAGAGACCAAAUCAGUCACUGAAUUCUAUUUCCUCUUCCAUAUGUAAGUUCUUAACUAGAUAUGACAAUUUAGAUGAGAGAGAUAAGAAUUCAGAUAUUGUUGUUACUGAGCAGAAUUCUGAGAGUAUCCCUGACCUGCUGUGCAUGGGUACUGACAGACAGGGCUGUUCUGAAGAUGGCCAGCCCCUCUCAUGUGUGCCAGUAUGUUCUGACCAAGGUCUCCUGGAGGAAAUUUCUCCAAGUGACCAUCUGUGCUGUUACAUAGGCACUUGUGAGAACUCUUUUAUAGAGAAAGAAAGAUUGGUAAAUGUUCAAAUCAGUGGUUUUAAAGAGAAUAAUAACUCUUUAAAUGUGUCCAGUAGGGUAAGGCAAGGUGAAAACCCUAUUUGUGUUGAUGACAAACAGUGUGAGAAUUCAGGAAAGGAGUUUUAUAGCAUUUGUGUUGUAGACCCUGACUGCCUGCACAUGGAAGAGGAACUGUGCACUCUCAUGUAUGGAGCAGCUGCAGGAGAAGAAUGUCAUUCAGCUGUUACUUCUGAGGGGAUUCAUAGAGUGGAUUGGCCUCUAGAUAACAGAAAAGAAUGUUCAGUCUCGAAUGCCAUACAAGGGGCAGGAAAGUUACAGCUGCAGCAGCAAGAAUUGUCACCACAAGAUAUGCCGGGUCUAAAUGAAGCGAAGGAAAUAUUUAGUAAGGUAACUAAACCUAGUGUUGAGCUUUUGGUCGACAGUGAUCCACCUUGUGAAGCAAAUGUUGAUAGCCUUCAGGUUGAGUCUUYAAGGGCAAAAUCUUACACCAAGCCUCCUAAAGAUUAUACAGAAAGUAGUACCUUACAUAAUACUGGCCAACUCCAUGAAUUAAAUAUUAACAUWGACAGUGACUCACUAAAAUGUAUGUGUGCCAUCCCUGAAGAAAGAAAGAGCCAUUUUUCAGGAGUAGGAAGUCAGAUACAUGAUUCACCUAUUAAUUUACUUAAUGACACUUCCUAUGUUGAAGAGAACGAUGAAUCUGAAGCUGUCACAGUUAUUGUUGAUCAAAGUUUAAACUCUAAAAAUGAAGGAGAAAAUCAGUCCACAGAACCACUAAAAGACAAUGAUUAUUUCCAUUCCAAUGCUAGCAGACCAGAUAGCUUUCUUUCUUUUGAUCUAGAUGGAAUUAAUUUAAGUCCCAAAAGGUUUAUCACCUUGGAGGGCUUUGGAAACGAGUAUCUCCUAGUUCAUGCUAAUUUUGGAGAAGUGGCUCUGAGUAGACUUGAUGACAGGCUGGAUCCUGUUCCUCUCCCUGGGCCAUUGUUGAUGAAGGAGAAACACCCAGGGAAGAGCAUCUUAGGAAGUGGAAGUCCCCGACUGGUAAACAGAGGAGCACUGUCAUUGCAAUCAGAAAAUAGUUCCUCUUAUCAAGAUGAGAAUAGAAUUCAUUUUUUGGAGACUGAAAGUCAUGGCAAGGAGAGCGACUUUGCAUUGAAAUCUUGGUAUCAGGCAGAUCUGUGUGCAAGUAGCAAGGCAGACAAAGUUCGGACACAAACAUGUGACUUAACUGACAUAGGGUGUGAAUCAGAUGUAAAGGGGACAAUCCAGAUGAUAGACAAAUUGAAACUUAGAAUUUCACAAGGAAUUCCUCCAAACAGUGAGUCUCAUGAUAACUCUAGAUCUCUUCAGGGUAUCUUWAUGUCCUCUGCAUCUGUUUUCACCUGCAUUGGUAAAGAAGAAAGGGAAAGAGGCCUGCAUCAUAAAACAGAAGAUAAAAUAUGUGUGAAGAAUUUGGUCAGUGUGUUAAAUGACCAACUAAGUGAUCCUCACAGUUUAGAAAAUGCCAAAAAAGAGUCAAAAGAAACUAUUUGUAGAGAAACAAGUGAAGAGGACAUAGAAAAUGUCAAGUCAGAUUCUAAAACAACCCUUGACUGGGAAAUAAAGUACAAGGCAGUAGUCACUGAGGAUGCACUAGCUUGUGUGUGUUCUAGUAAAACAGGAAAUUCCGACCUAGAAAUUAAUCAAGUAGAAAAAACCAAUGAAACCUAUAGAGUGAAUGAAUACAAAGAUACAGUUCUUAAUGUUAUACCAACUUUAAGCCAAAGUUCAAAUUCAGACACACAGAAGACAAAUGUAGUAGAGAAGAACUCUAUUAUAAAUAGUGGUGAAAGCCCAAAACGGAAGAAGAUUUAUUCUGAACCAACUGAAGAAGUUUCUGAUUCUUUUGGUAAUAAUUCAUCUAAGUUGAAUAAGCCAAAACUAACAUGUGAAAAAAAGAGUGAGAGACUUUGUUUGCAGAAAAACAGUAUCGACCCUAACAUUAUUGACUGCAUAGGUCCGUGUGGGACAAUUGGAUAUGCAAAUGAUUUCAAACAAAGAAAUGCCAGGUCCAUGCUUAAAGAAUCUCCUUUAAAUGGUGAGAUGCAUUUUAUGGGAAAUUCUAAGGUAACUUUAAAAAAUAUAGAAUUAAGCAACACUUCUGAUGGACAUUCCUAUUUGGUUAAUGCUGAUCCCACCCAAGUAGACAGAUACACAGCUAUUCCUAUAGUACCCCAAGUAAUGCAUGCUGUCCCCGUUGGUAGCAAAGAAAUAGUAGUACCAAGUAGUGAUAAUGUUUUAUCACUCACAGAAGAUACCUUAAAUAUAUCUGAAAAUUCCCCAAAAGUGAAUUGGCAGAGUUUUCCAGAAGACUUAUACUCCCAUUAUUUAAAUGAAUUUUCCUAUUACCCAGUGGAAGGGCUAACAGGUCAGAUAUUUUCUGAAAGACUGGCAAAUGGAUAUGGUGGAUAUCAAGUGGGCUAUCUCUUGACUAAUACAUUUGCAAAAGAUGCAUCAGAAGAUGAACAGGUAUUUAGUGAGGAUCUACACAGUAAGCCACAGGACUUAGAAGAUACUUCAUUUUCAUUGGAACAGACCCCUUAUCGACUACCAGUGUCAAUGGACAGUGUUGUUUGGGGAUGGCCAAGUAGAGGUGGACAGUUAGUACCAACAACUAAGGUUUCAGAGCUAAACCCGAAUGCGAAAGUAUGGGGGACUCAUAUGUUACAUUUGGAGGCAAGUAGUGCUGCUGUUGGUGUGAGUACUGCGUGGGAGGAGGUGCCCAGCCAUCGUGACUGCGGCCAGCAGGGAUUGGAUGCCAGUGGUGAUGGUGACAAAAGUCAUGAGAAUGCAGCAUUACCGGACUUACAGGAGUCAGACCAAACAGACAUGAACACUUUGGCUCUGGAUCACUCAGAAUAUGAAUCUCUGCCUGAAAAUAGCGAAACAGGAGGAAAUGAGUCUCAACCAGAAAGCCAGGAAGAUCCCCGGGAAGUACUUAAAAAAACAUUGGAAUUCUGCUUAUCUAGGGAGAAUCUUGCUAGUGACAUGUAUCUCAUAUCGCAGAUGGAUAGUGAUCAGUAUGUGCCAAUUACAACGGUAGCUAACCUUGACCAUAUCAAAAAACUCAGUACUGAUGUGGAUUUAAUUGUUGAAGUGCUAAGAUCUUUACCUUUAGUACAAGUGGAUGAGAAGGGAGAAAAAGUAAGGCCAAAUCAAAAUCGUUGCAUAGUAAUCCUGCGUGAAAUCUCUGAAUCUACCCCUGUGGAAGAAGUAGAAGCACUAUUUAAAGGAGAUAACUUACCGAAAUUUAUAAACUGUGAAUUUGCCUAUAAUGAUAAUUGGUUUAUUACAUUUGAAACAGAAGCUGAUGCACAGCAGGCUUACAAAUACCUGCGAGAAGAAGUAAAAACUUUUCAAGGAAAGCCAAUUAAGGCACGGAUAAAAGCAAAGGCAAUAGCUAUAAACACGUUUUUGCCAAAGAAUGGAUUUAGACCUCUGGACAUGAACCUUUAUACACAGCAGCGUUAUACAACAUCAUUUUAUUUACCUCCAGUAUACAGUCCCCAGCAACAAUUUCCUCUGUACAGCCUGAUUACCCCCCAGACAUGGUCAACAACACAUAGCUAUCUUGAUCCACCCUUGGUAACUCCAUUUCCAAAUACUGGAUUUAUAAAUGGGUUUACGUCUCCAACCUUCAAACCUGCAGCAUCUCCUCUGACUUCACUUAGACAGUAUCCUCCUAGAAGCAGGAAUCCUAGUAAAUCUCAUCUGCGCCAUGCAAUUCCUAGUGCAGAGAGAGGACCUGGACUACUGGAAAGUCCAACAAUAUUUAACUUCACCGCAGAUCGGUUAAUUAAUGGUGUUCGAAGCCCACAGACAAGGCAAACAGGGCAAACUAGAACUCGAAUACAAAAUCCUUCAGCUUAUGCCAAGAGAGAGAUUGGAACUGGGCGUGUGGAGCCAAGUAGUCUUGAAUCCUCUCCUGGUUUAGGGAGAGGAAGGAAAAAUUCCUUCGGCUAUCGGAAGAAAAGAGAGGAGAAGUUUACAAGCAGCCAGACUCAGUCUCCAACACCACCAAAGCCUCCAUCACCAAGCUUUGAACUGGGACUGUCCAACUUUCCUCCAUUACCUGGAGCUGCUGGCAAUUUGAAGACAGAGGACUUGUUUGAAAACAGGCUAUCUAGCUUGAUCAUAGGACCAUCAAAAGAAAGAAGCCUCAAUGCAGAUGCAAGUACGAACACUAUUCCUGUAGUGGUCCCUAGAGAGCCCUCAGUGCCAGCUUCCUGUGCUGUAUCAGCAACGUAUGAACGAACCCCUUCCCCAGCCCAUUUACCCGAGGAUCCCAAGGUGGUAGAAAAGCAGAGGGAAACCCACAGCGUGGACAGACUCCCUUCUUCCCUUACUACAACUGCAUGUAAAUCAGUGCAAGUGAACGGAGCUGCCACUGAAUUGCGAAAACCCAGUUAUGCAGAGAUUUGUCAGAGAACGAGUAAAGAGCCUCCUUCCUCCCCGUUGCAACCCCCAAAAGAACAAAAGCCAAACACUGUUGGUUGUGGGAAGGAGGAAAAGAAGCUCGCUGAGCCCAUGGAGAGAUACAGGGAGCCUUCUGCCCCCAAGUCCACUCCUGGAGCCCCCAAAGACCAGAGGAGACAGCCAGGGCGCCGACCCUCACCCCCAGCUGUCGGGAAGCGUCUCAACAGAGAACAGAACACUCCCCCAAAGUCUCCUCAGUGAAAACUGUAUGCCUGGGAGGGGUCGCAAAGAGCUGUAUUAACCACAAACAAAACUCUUCCCACUCAGUACAAGAAUGAGUCGCUGGUUAGGAGCUUGCAGUGUCUGUGAGGCCCAUGGGAUGCCUGCAAGUUAUUUUUCUUCUGUGAGUCGGAUUCUCCCACUCUUGAAAAAAAAUCUAUUUUUCAGGAUUUAAUUAAUAUAAACCUUAUUUUAGGUUGGUGCUUAACUGGAGGUGAUGCAUAAGUCUGAUUUUUUUCAGGGUAGAAAAAUGCAUUUAUCCUAACAAAUUGAUAUUUUUUAUUAAGCCUCCAUGUGGCUCUGAAUGCAAGCUAUAUAUAGUAAGUUUUUCUAAAUUAAGGGAACUAUGCUACUUUUUUUUUUUUUUUUUUUUUUAAAUAACUGGUCUGCAAGUGCAUAUCUUUAGGUGUCCCAGCAGAUGGAUGAGGGCUGAUGGCGCUGACAGAGGCAGACCCAGCCUCACAGAGGAAGGGGCUAGCAGUGUCAGGGCGCCAACACACUGGCAUGGAGCUGUGUUUUCAUCUAGACCAUUAACAGGUGAUUCUAGAUUUUUGAUUUAAAAAAAAAAAAAAAAAAAAAAGUCCUUUUUUUGACCUAGUGGGCAGAAUGAACCUGCAGAGAGCACCCUAGGAAGAUUUAACACCUAAGAAUUUUGAAGUACUGCAAGCAAGUAACCAGCUUCUCACUCCAGUUUCAAGUGGCUAUUAUGUAAAAUAAAUUCAAAGCACAUUGUGAAUAGAACCUAAAUGAAAAUAUAAACUUUGUUGCCCACUGACACAUUACCACAAGUUGUACCAUGAUGUUGUUUUGAUCCCUGUGAGCUGGCUGCCUGGCUCCUGGCCUUGUGCCUGCUCUGUGCACAUUUCUGUCCAUGUCCCCCUAAGCACUCUCAUUGAAGAGUCCACAUCUUUAGUCAGCUCCAUGUGGAUGUCUUCCUGUACCUCUGCAUCGGCACAUGGAUUUAAAAGUAUGUAACCGUGAAAGAAUGGUGUUUGUGGUUUUUCCCCCUCUUUGGCUGGUGGAGGACAGAAAUUCCUGCUCUUUUUACCUCCAAGAUGAGGGUUUCAUUGAUUCACUUCUAGAAGUGUUGCACUUCUGAUGAACAAGGAUGCACUAAAGUUAGCAAGUUUAUAAUAAAGUUAAAUAUAAAUUAUUUUGUUUUAAAAUGCCUAAAAUUUUUCUUUAAGUAUUCUAAGCAGCAGACAUUAAAAUAUUUCCUGCUAAAUGUAACCAUACAGUUUAUUCCACAAAAUGUUAUUUAACAAGACUGAGGGUUUUUUUUAAAAAAAAAAAAAUUAUUUCCAUCCAAUAUUUAAAGACUUGAAUUUUAUUUAAACUUGAAAAUGACUUUGCCUUAACUUUUGUAUAAGACAGCUUAGAGCUCAUGGAGACCGGCCCCUGGGUUGGCAGGAGUGGAUCAGAGUUACUCAGUUACCGGUGUGGAUCUCUUGUUGUUAGCUUUGCUGAGUAAGCAUACUGUAGUACAAGAACUAGCGGUAGUUUUUGUAAUAUACCUUAAAGAUCUUCAACAGUUGAUCUUUUUUCAGAUUGUUGAAAAAUCCUGUAAAUGCAAAUAGUCGAUACUGUAUUAAAUAUGUGCACUUGGGAGUGUGCUUUGCUUGUACAGUUGUAAAUAAUCAGAACAUAUUAAAAAGGUACCCUACAGAGAAAAAUCUGAUAAAAAUUAUUGAUAUAUUAUAAAUGUUGCUGUUGAGCUGGAUGUAGAUAAACUAAAUGUUGUGGUUUGAACAUUAUUUUAAUUUGUUGAGGUUUUUUUCCCCCCUCUUAUUGGUAUGUUGAACUGAUUCUGCCUCUUUGCUGCAAAAGGGAAGUGGAAAGUCUUUUAAAAGCCUUCAGAUGUUUUCAUAUUCUUAAAAAGUAUAUAAGUACAUGCUAAUCAUAUCUAAUGUGAAAGGGUUUUGAAGUAUAGAAAGCAGAAACUAGCAGGAUAUGCAAGUGAAAGUUUAAAAAAACUAAUUAAAAAGUACACUGCUAAGUGUGGUUUAUCCUGCCAGGGGGGGAAAAAAAAACAUGCUUGAUAUAUUUGACCAUUUCUUUCAGAGCAGUUGUCAUUAUUCAAAUAUAUAGAAAUAAACACAAUGCUAAUAGGCUUCAAAUGCCCAUUAAAGGAACAUGGGAAUUAAUUUCUUUAUAGUUGUCAGAUCACUGACCAAGAAGGAAAAAAGUCAGAAAUGAUUGAUUUCUUAAACCCAAGCUAACAGAUACUGUAAAAGCUGGAAAGGCAAGCUCUGAGACCUAGGGUCCUUCAUGUCACAUAUUUGCUGGAAGAGGUGCCAGGGAAUUGAUAGCCACCUCAUCCCCAAGUCACAAUGCCCACAAGGUGAAUCCUGGUUUUUAAUAAUGGGCAGUCCUUUCCCCAAGGCGCAAGCAUUGCAGCGCCGUGUGUGUAGGUAGCCAGCUAUAUAGUUUCUAAGUUUGUUUAUGAGCUGAAAGUAUAAAGGUCAGCAGCUGCACACAGGACAGAGAGCAGGUGGGUAUGUGUUGGCGUAGGUAGUCAUGACAGUGAGGGUGCUGUUCUGGUAGGUUCUGCUGCCAUUUAGAGGAGGUCAGUGCACUAUUGAUUUCUGCUUAGCCAGGGACCGUCUGGCAUCAAGAGCUAAAACUAUGCUCAGAUGUCAUUUUUAUAGCACUCUGUUUAAUUAAGGAAAGGUGAUAUGCCAAAUAGCUACAUGUCAAAACAAACAAGACAAAAAACAAAACAACCUUUCUGAUAGUACCUUAAGAUUUUCCAUUCAGCUAGAAAAUGGGAGUUAUCACUAUAGGAAGCUGUGAGGGCGCAUGCAGACUGUUGAUAUGUCACAUACAGCUAAUGAUAUGUGGUUUUCAUACUUUUUAUUUACUCCUUCCUUUCUCAGCAGUAUCUUGAGUUAUAGAAUCAAAUACUGCAGUCACAAAUGACAUUUUAACUUGUAAAAUUGUGUGAUACUAAUCAUUUGGAAAUAUAGGAGUAAGAAUCUGGCCCGUGUCACCAGACAUGAAUUUUGAGUGGUCGCUCUCUAAGAAUUGGUGUCAUGAUGUCUCUGAUCAGUCCCUCCUGUCAUUGCAUCACUGGUUGCCACUAGUGGGUGGCAAAAAAUGUCUUAUGUUGCUGUAUUAGUCAGGAUUUUUGCAGUUUACAUUUAAAAACUGGUUUGAUGUAUUACAACAGGUGACUGAUGGUGCAUACCUGUCUUUGUGUCCCCUUCAGUGAGCUAUAGUCGUGGGUUUUGUGUGCUUUGUAGCCUGUUAACACGGAAAGCAGCAGACAAUCGAAGAUUCAAGGAGUWCUAACAGCUGCCAAGUCACAGAAGUGUAAUGUGGAAGCUUUCUUGAGGGUUUUCUUUUUGUUCUACUUCUUUUCAUUAAGACUGGAAUCAAGCUUACAUGUAAACUAUUGGUAAUUUAAGUUUCCUUUUGUGUCAUUCAGUGUAAAACUGUCUAAUUUGGAAAAAAAAAUGUAGGUUAUGAAAAAUAAAGAUUUAGGCACUG